AGCUUUCACUUUCAAAAAAUUUCGAGCUCUCUCGAAUCUCUCCUCUCAUAACCCGAAUUUCUCGCCCUAUAAAAACCAGACUCCGGUUCAAAUCUCUCUCAUAUUCUCUCCUCAUCACGCACACUCUCUAAGAAAUAACACGAGAUUUAAGGAGAUUUUUGAACGGAGCUCCGAGAACAACAAUCGAAUCUUACCGUUAAAACCACCGAAACUUCGGAUCGGCGGUGAAAGUUCGUUUUUCUGAUUAAAAAUUUCACUCAAUUUGAUAAUAUUCUCUUUUAAUCCUGUUUGUUUAUAUCGUAGCUUAAUUUUUGUGAGGUACGUGCUAAAAUAAUCAUAUAGACGUAAUUUAAGUUUUGUCUGGUUUCUAAGAAAAUUGAGUGCAAGAAACGGAAAAUGUGAUUACGUUUAAUGUUUGAGGUUACCGGGAAACGUGAGGUUUUAAUGUUAGAAUUUGUUUUUCAUUUUUUUUUGUCUGUGUAUUGUGACGUGUCCUUAUGUGAUGUUAAUCACGUAGAAAAAGUUUUGUGAUUUUAUUGCUCGUCUAUUAUUUUGCUUAAAUGAUGCAUGGUGAUGUUUGUUGUUUGUAUUUUUUAUGUGAAAUGUAUUUUUUGCUUGAGGAUGUUGGUGGUUAGAUAGGUGUAGUUGUCUAUUGAAUUUUGAGAAAGGAAGUGCUUGUGGAAUUUUAUAUUUUUUUCGUUAGGGAGACCUUGAAUCCACAGAAGUGGAUGUUAAAAAUCGGCGGAAAUUUAUUGUUUUUCCGUGGAUUAUUCGUCAACUGUUCUGCGGAUUUCAGAGCUCCCUUUGAAUUAACGUGAAAUGAACUGUCCGAUGAGCUGUUUGUGAUUACUAAUGUUACACGUACAAAACUAAAGAUUCUUAAGGCGGAAGUCCCGGGGAGAGUUUCUAACUUAGAGAGGUUCUGACUUCUGUAUGGGGGUAUGUGGCAUUCUUAUUUAACUGUUUUUAAGGUAGUUUAGGUCUAUAGUUUGGUGUUAGAUUGAGGUUGCCGUGAACUGAUUCAAAUUUUGAUGGAAAAGAAAAGAAAUGGAUUUUUCAUAUCAUGUUCUCCCUUUUUUGGAAGAUAUCUAACUAAACAUAGGACUAACUUUCCAAGAUUUUGUUGGAGGGAUGUAGCUUAGAACAGUGUUGGCUCUUUUGUAAUUUCUGCUAUUUUUUAGCAUUUUGUUACUCGGGAGUUUUACAGGAAUGAUGUGAGUGGAGUUCAGAAAUCUUGAGGGUGGAGAAGUCGGUGUAUAUUAGGGUCCUUUCUGUAAUCCUGAAGUUGUGCAGUGAAGGGUUGGGGUGGCAUUAUAUUUAGGGAUUUUCUGCAGGAUAUGCCCGAAAUUGCAGGUGUUCAUGUGCUCAAGUUUGGUAGGUACCUGCAUAAAGUUAGGUCUUUUUAUACUCUGUUCUUCGUGGACAAUGCCAUCUUGACCAGCGUUGGGGAUGUAAGCUAAGCACAAAGAGCUACUUGUUUGUUUCUCGUGUUUCUAAACAUAAACAUACAAUGAAGCAGGGGGUUGAAACACUUAAUAACUGAAAUAAUGAUUAUGGUUUCACCAGUGAAUCUUCCUUCCACAGUUAGAGCUAGGUCUGUCAUGUCAUCCUUUCACCAGCCACCAUGCUCAGAACUUCCACAUCUACUCUCUUUUCAUCCAACAGAAUUCGAGAUUGUUUACAGAAGAAGUUAGUGAUUGUUUCCCUGUUUCAUUUAUCAUCUAUGGAAACAUGGGCAAUAGGAAUUGAUAAUUUGUUUCUCCUAUUUUUCAACCUUGUUUAUACCUUGGACCUGGGAGUGUCAGUGACCUUAGUCUGGAGAAAGGCGUGCUAUUUUGUCUGGGGAAAUUGGUAAUUAGAGGAGCAAGUUUCCUUCAUGGUUUGUCCCCUAAAGUUAUAAUUCUCCUGGUCAUGAUUUAGAUAGAGAGGGAGCGGCUGAGAUUCAAAUGGGCUUUCUUUGACAAGAGGGAAACCUCUGAUGUGCUGAUGAUAGAAUUUCUUUUUAAGUUUUGGUAAGUUCAAUUCUCAGAGGAGACUGGGUUUCAGAGUUGCUAUUUGAGGUAGGCCUGUCCUUGAUGGACAAUCAAAAUAACCCAUUUCUUCACUCUCUCACUGUUUCCCCGUCUUUUUUUUCCUUUUCAGAACACGUUUGAUUGUGUGAUGUAUUGCUUUUACCAUAGGUUGCCAUGUCCAGAGUAACUGGACUUUGGUUCUGGGACUUCUUCAAGGAAUCGAGUGGUCAUGCAAUGCUAUUCUUACUAAUGGCUGAAGGCUCUGGAGUUCCUGAAUGCUGCAUUGUAGUUGUACUUAUAUAUCUUCUUGUUUUGAUGAUUCUUCUCUUGGAGUAUUGGUGAUUGGACUUUGGAGCUGUUCAGCGUUAGUUGGAUUAUGUUGUUGCUGAUUUCAAUUGAUCUGCAGACGUGUACAAGAAAGCUCAUGGGGUGUUUGGUGGCUUGAUCGGGUGCUAAAUAUGCCUUCUGAAGUUUUAGAAUCUUUUCUAAAUUUGUUUCAAUGCGCAGGUGUUCCAGGUUUAUUUGCCAACUUCUCAAUAGUUGUUAUUAUUGCCUGAAGAUAUUGCCAUGGCAGAAGUAGAUAUUAAGAGUUUUGAUCCUCAAGAAUUCAGACUAUUUCAACAGAUGGGCUCAUGCUCACAGCAUUUUAAUGAAGAUUUCAUCUUCUCAGAAGAAUCAAUGAAUGUGGAAACUCCUCAAAUACUAGAUAAAGGAUUAAUGGAAUAUGGAUGCCUGCACUAUCGGAGAAGGUGCCGCAUCAGAGCACCUUGCUGUAACGAAGUAUUUGAUUGCCGUCAUUGUCAUAACGAGGCGAAGAACAAUAUCAAUGUUGAUCAGAAGCAUAGACAUGACAUGCCACGCCAUGAAGUCAAACAGGUGAUAUGCUCGCUUUGUGGCACUGAACAAGAGGUUCAACAAGUUUGUAUCAACUGUGGUGUGUGCAUGGGAAAGUACUUCUGUGAGACUUGCAAGCUGUUUGAUGAUGAUACAUCUAAGAAACAGUAUCAUUGUGAUGGCUGUGGGAUUUGCAGAAUUGGAGGACCUGAGAAUUUCUUCCAUUGUUACAAAUGUGGCUGCUGCUACUCGAAUCUUCUGAAGAAUAGCCACCCCUGUGUAGAGGGCGCGAUGCAUCAUGACUGCCCUGUGUGCUUUGAGUUUUUAUUUGAGUCGAGAUAUGAUGUGACUGUCUUGCCAUGUGGACACACCAUUCACAAGAGCUGCUUAAAGGAAAUGAGGGAUCAUUAUCAAUAUGCUUGCCCUCUUUGCUCGAAGUCAGUUUGUGAUAUGUCUAAGGUAUGGGAGAAAUUCGACAUGGAAAUUGCAGCCACACCAAUGCCAGAAUCUUACCUGAAUAAAAUGGUUUGGAUCCUUUGCAAUGAUUGUGGAAAGUCCUCAGAAGUGCAAUUCCAUGUAGUAGCUCAGAAAUGCAUGAACUGCAAGUCCUAUAAUACUCGUCAAACAAGAAGCUGAGAAGUGGCUGCAAGGACAACGCAGCUAGAAAAACAAACAACGGUGAUGAUGAAGACUUAUAUGCUGAAAGCAAUAAAAUUGCAUCUCGAUCCAUGUAUAUGUAUAUAUAUAUAUAUAUCCAUGGAUGUGGAAGGAUCUGAGAUCCUGUGGAGGGCUUGUGUUUUCGCUUUUCUUUCCCCGUUCGCUUUCCUGAUCAUUUUGUCUUCCUUUUAUCCUCCCCCAAUUGAAUGACGUGCUCAAGAAACCACCAGUCAAAGUGGUGGUCAUGCGAAUAAAGUGUCCUCUUCCUUGUAUUUUGUUAGCAGAUGUUUAUAGGGAAAAUGAAAGGGUCGUAGUUAUGUCGUGUCGGAAGGUGCUGUAGAUCAUCAUGGUCCGGUGCAGCAAGCAGAUAGUAGAUAGUUGUCUCGUGUGGGAUUGUUGUGAUGGUGUGAGAGUGUUGCGCCUGAAAGUAUCGUGUGUACAGCUGAAAUAGGCUCCGGUAUCAUCUUCCGCUUCCAACUUGCAUGAAAAUGGAAAGCGGUUUGCCUGUGAUUUUCAUUGCCAUUUUCACUGAGAGGUUUCAUCUACGUAUCAGAGAUAUUUUAUGUGGUA